AAAAGGUUGAACAACGCAUCCAUAUAUUUUAAUCUUAAUACGUAAAUUUUGUAUAGCCAUGCAUAACCUAUUGGACAUCUUGAACCUUGGAUUAACUCCUAAUGAUAGCAGGGCAGGAAAGCAUGAUCCUCUCGUAGUGCUCUGGUGUAAACACAUUGUAACCAACCAUGGAACCUUGCGAUUUUGUCAAUCCACGUACAUUUAUGCAGUCGUGGCCUCCAGAUGUUCAUACAAGGAUACAACAAAAAACAGAAGACGAAAGUGAAAUACUUAAAAACAUUCAGUUUGCAACCGGUAUGCCCGAAGAAACUGUCAAAGAAUUAGCUGAAGUUUGUGGGAGUAACACUUUAUACCAGAGUGGUCAAGAGCCUACAGACAAGGGUCAAAUCUUACAGAUGACAGUUGUUCCCCAUGACUUAAAUUUGGAAAGCGUUAGGCAUCAGAUUUUGCACAGAAAAAUGAGACAAGAGAAUACGGCUGUUAAAGUGUCUUUAUUUAGAAAAAUGAAGUACAACUGCCUGGAUGAGUACAUGGCCAAUGUUAGACCUGCCAAUGGGGAGAUAAGUCCAGAAUUUCAAGUUCCAACUCCAAAUGUAAUCUUGACUGUUCAAGUCACAAGAUGCAUUCCACAAGGAGUGGCAUAUAACACAAUGAAAGAAAGAGAAUCUUAUUUGGUAUUAGGAAAUCAAUCACUGACAGACCUGAGAGAUAAAAUUAAGUGCUCAUCAGAUGCAGUUAUACCUGGUGACUACAGUAAUGCUAUUGAUGUGGACCCAUCCACUUUGCAGAAAGCAGGGGAUUUGUACAGGUCUAGUUUUUUCUUCAUUGAGAAUGUGUUUUACAAUGACACGAGACAACCAGACAACGUAGACUACUCCAGACCAAUACUAAAGUGGGCCAAAGAGCACAUGCCUAAUACAGAAAUGACUACAGCAAACAUGCAAGAUACUCAGUUCUUUGAUCUAAACAUCCGCAUUGGCCAGAACUAUUUGUUUCUCCAUCAAGGCAACUGUGAACAUGUAGUGUUAUUUACAGAUCUCAGACUUCUAACUGAGGAUGACAACAAAAAUCCACUAGCUUAUCCUAUGUUGUCAGUUUCAAGAUCCAAAUACCAUGCUGUUUGCCAGGCCUGUGAGAAGUUGUCAGCUAAAUGGGUUGUACGUGGAUCACCUCUGCUUCCAAGCAAUUCAACAUUAUUAUGUCGUUUGUGUUUCAAAUCUCUGUUAUAUACUAAAGAUGGAAUCAAGACUUCCAAUUUCCAAGCUAACCAUUUGUGCCAGUACUACUUAGAGAAAUAAGUCAAUUAAUAUUUAUUAUUUUUCGUUCCUUUGUUUUGAUCUGACUUUUGUGUUAAUUUUUUAACAGAAAAAAAAAGUGCCAAUACAUUUUUUAAUUUUUGAAAA